UAAUCUUAAAGACCCUAGGCACGUUUAAAAUGCACAGAUAAAUCAAACAAGUUUUAAUUAAUUUUAUCAGUGAUUAGACAUACAUGGAAAAAAACAUUGUUGAUAAGGAUUCGUCUUGAAAAAGUCUAGGCGUUUUUUUUCAAGUCUUAUAUUUUGGAUUACUUCGAAUUUAGCCUAAGUGACUGUUUUUCACACAAGACUUACGGAAGGGUGUGUCGAUACGCUAAGACGUAAUAAUUAGUGGGACCUCUUAUAAAUAUGCGGAAUCUCCGUUUUAAUGGGCACUUACUUGUUCAACUCCAAUCGUAGUGCCUUUGUGUGAAAGGAUAUUUCUUCUGCUGGAAAAUAUGUUUCUGAUAAUGCUCGCUUGUCUAUUAGCAACUACAGUAGCGGCCCCCCAAACCUACAGGCAACAGCAACAAGGCUACAAAAGUAACCAGCCAGCUGUUCCAAUAGUUUCAGAGUCAAACGAGAUUAAUCCCGAUGGGUCUUUUAGUUAUAGCUACGUCUCUGGUGAUGGUACCCAAGCCCAGGCACAAGGAUACAUCAAGAAAGUGGGACCGAAAAACACCGAAGCAGAAGUUAUUUCUGGCUCGUACUCUUAUACCGCUCCAGAUGGUACUCCCAUAACCGUUAACUGGAUCGCUGACGAAAAUGGUUUUAGGGCUGAAGGUGCCCACAUUCCCACGUUACCACCAGUGGAACCAAGAAGACCCUCGGUGUCCAGAAGACCAAUUGGCCAAAGGCAAUUGGAGAAUCAGUACUCGGAUGAUCAAUACGCUCAAGACGAUGUUGGUGAUGAUGCAGAAACGUUCCAGAGCAAAAGGAGAUACAGAUAUUAAAGACUUAGUUGUAUUAACCAAUUUUUCAAGGUCCUAACUUAAGGUUGUGUUAACGAGAUAAAUUAAUGUCCUCCGUAGACUGUAUAUUUAUUCAAAAAAUAAAAAUAUAAAGUCAGAGUCACAGACAA